AAUUAAAAUGCACUUGAACGGGGACUGUUUCUUCCUGAAGGCUGCACAGGAGCCGGCCGUUUUUGACGCAGCCUCUGGGCAGUUCUGAGGAAGGAUCUCUCCGGGAGCUGCCGCUCCAGCCUUCUCGACUCACUCGGACGCCUCCUGGGCUCGGGAGGAAGGGGACCGCUGUCUGCAUUGGCCACGACGCUAGCUGCCAAGAAGACCUGUCGCCUUUGUUUUUAAGUCUCCAGAAAUGAAAGAAGACAGCGAAGUCAGUUGAAGUCCUGAGACAUCGCCGAGGCGUCUGCAGGGGCUUCCUGGAGACCUUCGUUCCCCGGCACUUGGUGUGUUUCACCAGCCCUGCCUGUCCCUCCUCGGAGCCGGCUGCGGCAUUCUUCCCUCUUGGGUGUGUGCUGGCAUUCCCCUCACCCCCCCACAUGUGGACUCCAAAGGAUUUGUCCCGUAGUCAUUUGAAAUGAAAUGAUGGCCACGCGUCGGACUGGUCUGCCCGAGGGAGAUGGUGACAAGCUCAAGGCCUGCGGGGCCCCCGCCUGCGAGGUCUCAAAAAGUAAAGAUGGAAAGGAACAAAGUGAAACUGUAUCACCGUCCGAAGAUGAAACAUUCUCCUGGCCAGGUCCUAAAACAGUUCUCUUGAAAAGAACAUCGCAAGGCUUUGGUUUUACAUUGAGGCAUUUUAUUGUUUAUCCCCCAGAGUCUGCAAUUCAAUUUUCAUAUAAGGAUGAAGAAAAUGGAAACAAAGGAGGACCUGACAAAUGGCAAAUUGGUAAAGUUACUGAGGACACUUUUAGUGCAGAAGACAGAAGGGAUAAGGAAAGCAAAUCUCAGUGGACUGGAAAAGUGAACCUCAGUGAGGAUGAGGGUGGUGUGGUUGAAGACUUUGGCCCCCCGGGGAUAUUUGUUAAUGUCUGA